AAUCGCCAUUAACAAGUUUCAUACGCGCUUCAAUGACAUCCUGAAAUUAUUGCAAUUCAGCUUUAAGUGAAGGGACAUCUCAGUUUUCAAAAGUAUCUCCAUGAUAAAAGAAAUAUCAUGGCAUCGCCUAGAAAAUUCCAUCUCUUCAACUGUGACAGUGUUUAUAAGCUUGACUCCAUCGAAGAUUUGUUGUUGACAACGACAAGGAAUCUUGGCAUUGAGAUAUCUGUGAAGCAACACUAUUUCACAGUUUCCGAGAUAACUGAGUUCAGCGAUCAGACGAUUCCCACGCUAGAGAUGGAUGCUGCCAUUUUAGCUGUCAAUGCAAACGAAUCUCGACUCUCCAUCAACGAAAACACAGAGGGAGGCUACACGAAGGUUUACAGAGCUUUGCUUCAAGCGACAGACGGAAACGUGAUUGUUGUUAUCGGUGGGGAUGACAAUUACAGGAACGAAGAGGAAGAGGAAAGAGCCGUAGUCUCGCGUUGGGCAAGAAUGAAGGUACGUUCCCAGUUAAAGGAGGAAUUCCUCGACGGACGAAGAAGUUUCAUCUUUUCAUGGGACGGGAAACACAGAGAAAUUCACGAGCAAGCAUUGAAACACUUCUUUGAUCAAAGCAAGAAAGGAAAAAAGUUUGAGUAUGAACCACCAGGGCGUUCCGAGCUUUCUUUAAGAGAUCAAACAGCUCCGCCAGCACGAGAUACAGAACCAGCACACCAGCUCAAGCUUCAACGCUCCGCCACCCUUCCCGAAGGGAGAAGUAGACAAGAAAUAAAAGACCGGUGGGAUCAGCCAAGUUUCUUGCAAAAAGAUUACACAGUGACAAGGCAAAGAAGUGUGGAUUUUCACGCUAGUCAGCAACCUAAGCUGAACGUACACCUCGAUCCUCUUGCGGCAACCGCUGUUUUGGCUUCGGAUUAUGGAUGCUCAUCACUAGGGGACCGAUCUGAACAGAGCAGAGUGCAAAGGGAUACUACCACGAAGGAAACACGUCUGGUCAAAGACUUAGUAGUCCUCGGCUGUGAUGUGUCACCGGCAACAAUCCAGGUUGUGAAAUCAGUACUCGAUGACCUUUAUCGUAGGAUAAGGCUGCCAGAAUGUCCCCAAGUGGAACGUUAUUCAUUAGCUGACAUCAAAUCAUACUUAACGAGAUGCACUCCUAGGUUUUGUAUUCUAGUGGUGGAUACAGAUACGUCUCAUAAAUACCAGCAGCCUGAGUUGGAAGAAAUUCUCAGGACAGCAGCUGAUGUUGUUGUUGAAAAGGUUAUCUUCACGAUUUGCAAUCGAAGUCCUGCUCCAACUGGAGAGGAAGAUAAAUUUGUAAAAAACGUUGAGCGAAUGCUUAAAGCGAAAAGAAAGGGCCUUGUCGUUUGGUUGGAGGAUGGAAAACUGAAUGUGGAACCCGAUGUCUUGAUACAAUUAAUGCUUGGAGCCCCAAUAGCGGCGAAGAACAGACAAGGACAGCUGAGCCACUCAGAAGAAUCCCUCAGACCAACCAAUGCUGCUUCAGGUUUUACAUCUGACAGGAGACUGCUUCAAGAGACACCAAAGCACAUGGGGGAGUUUCCAUCACAAGAAGUGCGUCAUAAUCCUACAUCUUAUGGAGGAGAAUGUACGGAUUCCAGCGAUGUUCUCGUGCUCAAAACACGAAUCCGUCAAGGGAUAAUAUCGUAUGCUACCGAGGAUCUUGUGUCUCGUUCUCCUGGUUUUGUAAUUCCCAAACAUAUAGAGGAAAGUUUGAGGUGCAAAUAUUCAACGACAGCAAACGGAGUGCUAAGCAUCUAUUCCAACACGGAAGGCAAAUUACGAACCACCGUACAAACUGAUAGAGCGGCCACUUGUUUGAUUAUUUAAUGGACAGAUCAACACAACCUCUUCAUCAUACUUAAACAAAGUGAAUAUUAUGGAGGCCUUUUCUCUUAUUAGUAAAUCAUAGAACGUAAACAGUCUUUAAAUUCACGUGUCACGCAACAUGCGGACAUUUCAACUUGAGAUUUUGUAUGGUAGAAUAGAACAAGGUUAUGUACAUAACUCUGCAGAACAGUACAAAACACGGACGGAAAGCAAAAGCAAAGCGGAUCAAUAAAUUGCCGCACCUUAUGAUUCAAAUUCUUACUAUCUUAGGUUCUUUAAGCUUGAUAAUACGAACUUAGAAGCCAAAAUACUAGAAAACUAAACAAAAGCGAAAUGAUAACUUCCCAAUUCGAUGGGUUACCUUAUGAAACGAGCGAACAUUUUUCUCUUCGCUCGUAUUUUCCUCGACCUUACGUACAUUUCUCGGAAAAAGUACCAGUCAAUUUGCGCAAUGUCCGGGUUAAACCAUCGAAAAAGGUGUGAUUAUUAUUUUAGAUAUGUUUGCUGUAAAUGAAAUGAAGUGAAUUAUGCAAAGUUCCCUGUUUGCUAGUCAUAAUUACAGAGCAUUGCAACCUCCGUGAGCUAGAACAUUCGGGUGAGUUGAAACAGAUUACGUUCGAGAUCUUAAAAUGACUAUGUGAAUCUAUAAAACCCAUUAAUAUGUUUAAUCGUCUUUUAAAGAGAGUUUAAAACACUUUGAAAAUCAAAUAUGACACAAUAGAUUUCAAAGAAUGGUCGUGGGAUGACAUUCAAUGAUUGUCAGAACCAUUCGCAUUAAAAGCUAUUAAUUAACUUACAAUGUGAAUUAAAUAAAAGUGGUGGGCAGUCGCUAGAUCUCUAGGAAAGAGUGACUUUUUUGGUGUAGUAAAUUGAACAUCAAAACAUAGGUUUUUGAGGACAUUUUUGGUACAGCCAUUGAUGCAAGGCAUCACGGAAGCCAAAUCACCUUUUUCCAACCGUUGCAAGCUUUUCUCACGGCCUUACUCGAAAUUAA